AUGUACACGCUCUUCUAUGGAACAUUUAUACAUACGCCCUCGAUUAAUGAGAUAGAAAUCCGUACUAAUACACUUGUCGGGGUUGAUCCUACAGGUAGAAUUGAUUUCAUAAGAUAUAAUUAUUCCAAAUCUGACAGGGAUCCGGUCAAGUUCUUUUUCACUAACCAUACCCCCAGUGAACCUAUUAAGAACUUCAACUUUCAGGACCACCUGAACAAUCCGCUACAAUUUUUUUUCCCAGGAUUUGUGGACACCCACAUUCAUGCUUCGCAGUACCCAAAUGUGGGAAUUGGUAUUGGUGUGCCCUUGUUAGACUGGCUCAAGGAAUAUACAUUCCCUACUGAAAACGCAUUCAAGCAGGAAAAUAUGGAAAUGGCAAGAGAUGUCUAUACGAAGGUAAUUAAUAGAACUUUACAAAAUGGGACGACAUGUGCCUCAUACUUCACCACCAUCGAUUUGCCAACAACUGAGUUAUUUUCCGAUUUAUUAAUCAAAUAUGGUCAAAGAGGUUUUGUUGGUAAGGUCUGUAUGGAUCACAACGAGCCUUACCCAGAAUACGCUGAACUGUUUACUGAUUGCAUUGAUGUCCAGCAAAAGAUUAUUAACUACAUCGAUCAGAAAUAUCCGAAGGAACGCAGAGAAAAAUUGAUCACUCCAAUCAUUACUCCAAGGUUUGCUCCAGUAUGCUCUGAGCCAUUGUUGGAAACCCUUGGUAUGGUUUCAAAGUCACAAAACUUACCAAUUCAAACCCAUAUUGCAGAAAAUUUGAAAGAAGUGGAGUUAAUGAAAGAGUUAUUCCCCAAGUUUGAAAACUAUGCAUCUGUUUAUGACCAUUUCCUGUUGUUGACCAACAGAACUAUCUUGGCUCACGCUGUGCACUUAACUGACAAGGAAUGUGAGAUAAUCAGCGAAAGGAAAUGUUCCAUCUCUCAUUGCCCUACUUCUAAUACUUUCUUAUCUUCCGGUGAGGCACCUGUUAAGAAGUAUCUCAAACAUAAUAUUAAUGUCUCAUUGGGUACAGACUUAAGUGGUGGAUUUGAGCUGCUGAUCUUAUCAAUCAUGAAGCAUUCAAUUUUAGUAUCACACCAUUUGGCAAUUACAAAGAGACAUAGUGACCCUAAGAAGGAACACAAGGACGAUAAACUUAGUAUUAAUGAAGUUAUGUACAUGGCAACUUUAGGUGGUGCAAAGGCUGUUGGAUUAAGUGAUAUGGUUGGAUCAUUUGAAGUGGGCAAAAAGUGGGAUGCACAGUUGAUUGACUUGGGAGGAAAAGAUUCAUCUAUGGAUAUAUUCGAGUGGCAGGUUCCCAGUGGAAAAGUUGUUUCCAAGGAAUAUACCGAUAAAGUUGAACAACUUUUAGGUAAAUGGGUUUUCAAUGGUGAUGAUAGAAAUUGCAGAAAGGUUUGGGUCAAUGGUAAAGUUGUUAUUGACAAGGAGGUAAAGAGGGAAGACGAAUGGGUAUUGGUAUAA